CAACACAAGUACCUCACUUGUAUUGGAAGGAAGAAAGGUUUAGUCUCUGGGAAGAAGAGAAACUAUUUCUGCAUGAGGAAAAGGUAUGAGUUUUAGGAUUUAUCAUUCGAUAAAGGUGGAGAAGUGCCCUGCUUCCCAAAAAAGACUGGAUUGAUUGUUGCUGCUGCUAGAUUGGACACUGCAGAGCCAUCAUCACGACCAGAACUUUUAUUUGAGUUUCAACAAAUAACUGAUUCUGACUAAUAUGAAGAAAUUCCACAAAAGUGCAGGGGAAAUGUGGACUGACUGUAACUGGUGAAGAGCUGGAGUGAAACCUUCCACAGAGACACAGGAUAUAAGGGCAGAGACAAGUUGAGAAAUCUCCUUGGUUGGGCUCCAACAGGACUCUGCUAUGUUUCUCUCUGUAGUGGUUUUACUGGGUCUCCUCUCUGGACCAGAGUCAACACUCCAGGGGGACACUCAAGAAAUUGAUAACAGUGAUGACAUCCUGGAGAGAGAGUUUAUCUACACGCCUAAACGGCAAAAACGUGCUGUUGUCGACUACAGCACCCCCCAAACAGACAAAUGUUCUUACACCUUUAUUGUCCCACAGCAGAAAAACAAUGGGGCCAUCUGCGUCAAUUCUAAGGAGCCCGAUGCCUUGCUGGAGAACCGGGUGAAUAAACAGGAGCUGGAGCUGCUCAACAGUGAGUUGCAGAAGCAGCGACGGCAGAUCGAGGCAUUGCAGCAGCUGGUAGAGGUUGACGGAGGUGUGAUCAAUGAAGUCAAGCUACUGCGCAAAGAGAGUCGCAACAUGAACUCCCGAGUAACACAGCUCUACAUGCAGCUGCUACAUGAGAUUAUCCGCAAACGAGACAAUGCUCUAGAGGCCUCACAGCUGGAGACCCGUGUGCUCAACCACACAAAUGAGAUGAGGAGGCUAGUUUCACGCUUCCAUGACCUGGAACAUAAGUACCAACAUCUGUCAGCCCUUGCAAGCAACCAGAGCGCUCUCCUGGUGCAGCUGGAGGAACGCUGUAAGCAAGGACGGUACUCAUACAGUCAUACGGUGCAGGAGCGCAGCCGUCCUGUCCGGCCACAGCCUCCUGUAAUGCCCAAGCCUCCUCUACAAAUGCCUGCACUUUCUCCUGGAGGUUACAGACCCUUUCAUCCACCACCCCACCCUCGCCACACCAACAACCCCAUGACAAAUGAGAUACAGAAUGACCAGAAUGCCAAAGCAUUACCGCCACCACCACCCACAAUACCAAGUUCAACCUACAGCUUCACAAAUGAGCCCUCUGGGCCGUUUCAAGACUGUCUGGAGGCUCUUGACAGUGGAUACACAACUAGUGGAAUGUACCUCUUAAAACCACACAACAGGAACCGUCUCAUGCAAGUUUGGUGUGACCAGAGACACGACCCUGGUGGCUGGACUGUCAUUCAGAGACGUCAGGAUGGCUCUGUUAACUUUUUUAGGAACUGGGACACAUACAAGCAAGGGUUUGGAAACAUUGAUGGUGAAUACUGGUUGGGGCUUGAGAACAUCUACUGGCUGACCAACCAAGGCACCUACAAGCUGCUAGUCACCUUGGAAGACUGGUCUGGACGGAAGACCUUUGCAGAGUAUGCAAGCUUCCGUGUAGAGCCUGAGACAGAUUCCUACAGGCUACGGGUGGGCCAAUACCACGGCAACGCUGGAGACUCCCUUACUUGGCACAAUGGCAAGCAGUUUACCACACUGGACAGAGACCAUGAUGUCUACACAGGUAACUGUGCCCACUACCAGAAAGGGGGGUGGUGGUAUAAUGCUUGUGCCCAUUCCAACUUGAACGGUGUGUGGUACCGUGGAGGGCAUUACCGCAGCCGCUAUCAGGAUGGGGUCUACUGGGCUGAAUUCAGAGGAGGAGCUUACUCUCUGAAGAAAGUAACCAUGAUGAUACGACCCAGCUCAAACACCUUCCAUUAACGCUUUAGUGGACUUCAAUAGGAUUCCAGUGUUAUACCACAAGAAGGCCUCCUUAAUUAGAACUUCAACCUUUUUGUUGGUUGUUUUACAUUUGUAAUAUAGAUAAAGAGCUUCAACAAUAGCCAUGCAGAUAGGUAUGUUUUUUGUUUCAGAUUAUAUUUCUCCAACAAUUACAGGUUUUACUUAUUUUGUUGAUACAACAGUAUAUUGUUUUCUGUUCAGAUUAACACCUACAAUUAUUCCCAUUGUAUAUGAAUCUAAAAGAGUAACAAGGGAAUGUACUGUAUAUCCAGAGAUCAAAACUGACUACUGGUAAUAAACUGGUAUGGAUUAUUAUUGGUAUUUUGAAUACAUAUAAUGUAUUUUAUGUAUAAAUAUUAUAUAUUGAGAAUAAUUCUGCAGGAGAGAAAUCUGGUAAUUUAUUUUGAUACAAUUUGUCUAAUUUGCCUGACUAAUUUCCUGUCACACAUCCAUUAGCUUCACACACUUUAACCUAAAGAAGAAGCCUAUCCCAGCUGGCAUUGGGCAAAAGGCAGGGGAACCUGGACAGGUCUCCAGUCCAUCACAGGCAAACACAGAGAAACAAACAACUGAAUACAAUAUGCAUGGUUACUCAAAUGAUUUGCACAUGUGGAGUGAAGACAACACUAUUUAUCUGCUUCCAGUCUUUGUAUAAAGAUAACCAUGUCUUGAAACUACCAGAGUAGUAAAGCAUUCUUUAGAGUUAUCAGAUCCUAGGUACCAAGACUGCCACACCUUUUUAAUAGGCAUUUCUUUAAUUAGAUCAUUAUUUUAAUGUAGAGAGAAAAUACAAAAAAAUCAAUAUAUGUAUAUAUAUAUAUAUAUAUAUAUAUAUAUAUAUAUAUAUAUAUAUAUAUAUAUAAUAAUAUAGAUAUAUAGACAUAUGUUAUACAGUAUAUAUAAAAGCACAACAAGAUUUCCAUUGCAGGUAUCCGGUUAAAAAGAGCUACAGGCCAUCUAAACAAAAACAAAACAGUGAGCACAUUUCAGCUUUUCCUUCUAUGCACCAAAGGUUUCCUGGUUUGUUGAAAAGACCAGUCACUGUAUGAGUGUGCAGACACAGAAUGUAGCGGGUACCCUGUGUAUUUACAUGCUGCUUUAUUACUGACCUUACAAUAAAGUAUUUACAAUCCUG